AUCUCUCUCUCUCUCUCUCUUUCUCUCUCUAAAAUGGGUAGCGUUGAAGGAGAAAGAACAGCAUCAGGGUUUGCAGCGAGAGACCCAUCUGGGUUCCUCUCUCCAUACACUUACCAGCUCAGAGAAACAGGGCCUGAGGAUGUUCACAUAAGAGUCAUAUGCUGUGGACUCUGCCACACUGACGUUCACAACAUCAAAAAUGAACUCGGAAUGUCCAAUUACCCCAUGGUUCCUGGGCAUGAGGUUGUCGGAGAAGUGGUGGAAGUUGGGAAGAACGUGACGAGAUUUAGAGUGAAGGAUGUUGUCGGAGUUGGAUGUAUUGUCGGAUCUUGUAAAAGCUGCGAACGAUGUGAGACUGACAGAGAGCAAUAUUGCAAUAACAGGAUUUGGACUAAUAAUGAUGUUUAUUCCGACGGCCGCCCUACCCAAGGCGGCUUCGCCACCGCCAUGGUCGUCGACCAAAAAUUUGUGGUGAAAGUUCCAGAUGGGAUGGCGCCAGAGCAGGCGUCGGCGUUGCUAUGCGCCGGCGUGACAGUAUACAGCCCACUAAACCACUUCGGGCUGAAGAAAAGUGGGCUGAGAGGAGCGAUCUUAGGCCUCGGCGGCGUUGGACACAUGGGUGUGAAGAUAGCAAAGGCAUUGGGCCACCAUGUCACAGUCAUAAGCUCCUCCAACAAGAAGAGAGAAGAAGCUUUGGAUCAUCUCGGCGCCGACGACUACCUCGUCAGCUCCGACGAUGCUCGGAUGAAAGAAGCCGUGGACUCCCUCGAUUACAUCAUCGACACCGUGCCAGCCCAUCACCCUCUCGAGCCAUAUCUUUCGUUGCUGAAACUCGAUGGGAAGUUAAUCAUGUUGGGCGUUAUUAAUAAUCCUUUGCAAUUCGUCUCUCCUAUGGUCAUUCUAGGGAGGAAGACGAUUACAGGGAGCUUCAUCGGGAGCAUGAAAGAGACGCAAGAGAUUUUGGAGUUCUUCAAAGAGAAGGAGCUGAGUUCAAUGGUGGAAGUGGUGAAGAUGGAUUAUGUAAACAAAGCCAUUGAAAGGUUGGAGAAGAAUGAUGUAAGGUAUAGGUUCGUGGUGGAUGUGGAAGGAAGCAAGUUUUAAAGAGUAUUAUCAAACUUGGAUGUUUGUUUCUUCUCUACUUUUUAUGAACUUAUAUCAAAGGUUGAGCUUUAUUUGUGUAUGGUGGGCAAGUUUGAAUAUAAAUUAUUAAAAAUGAAUGCGUUCUUCAAA